UACAUCACAGUCUAGUGACAACUUCGCAAGGAAACGACCACAUGGUCAACAUGGCUGUCUUCAUAGAUCUAAACAUCAGCUACACUGCAGAUACGAAAAAACUUCAGAACAUUAUUGAAACCGCCGCCCAUCUUGGAUAUUCCACAGUUGCUAUCAAUCACGUGGUUGACUUGCAACAAAAGAAACAGGAAAUUGGAAAACCGAAAUGUGUUUCUGAACUGUUUGAUAGACUCCCUAUUGUGCAGGGUAAAUCCAGGCCAAUUAAAGUUCUGAACCGGCUGACUGUGGUAGUUUCUGAAGCAUCUCACUUUAGGACAACCAAUGAGGUGAAGUCAUAUGACAUUGUUGCUGUGUUCCCCAAAACAGAGAAGUUGUUUCAUGCAGCCUGCAUGUCCUUUGACGUUGACAUCAUCUGCAUUGCUGUGACGGAAAAGCAGCCCUUUUAUUUCAAACGGCCUCCAGUAAACGGUGCAAUUGACAGAGGAGUGUUCUUUGAAAUAAGCUAUGUGGCAGCUAUUAAGGAUUCCACCCUGAGAAGGUACACCAUCUCAAAUGCGCUCAGUCUAAUGGAGACAUGCAAGGGAAAGAAUGUUAUUGUAUCCAGUGGGGCAGAAAAGCCCCUUGAGUUGAGAGGACCGUAUGACAUUACUAAUCUAGGACUGCUGUUCGGCCUGUCUGAAGGAGACGCCAAAGCUGCAGUUUCUACCAACUGUCGAGCUGUCCUUUUGCAUGGAGAAACCAGAAAGACAGCUCUUGGAAUUAUUCACACUGUGAAAACGCAACCCACUGCAGAAAGACAGGAGGAAGAGGAAGAGGCAGUCCCAGCUGUGAAAAGAGCGAAAAGAGAAACCUUGUAGCAUGUCAGUGAAUAUGGCUUAAGUAAACGUGACGUUUUCUGAAUAAAUGCUGUCUUUCUGGCAGAAUAAAGCCGCACUUAAUUUAAGAUGAAAGCGUAAAUCGCUGUGUAAUUAGAUUUAAUCACUCACGCUCUUCUUAAGGUUGGAAAAAUACCGUCAUUUAAAUUGUGUGAUUUUUUAUUUAUUUCAUUGCAUUCAUUGACUUUACGUGUACAUAGUUUGUCCUCUUACUAUCUUUUGUGAUCAAGUUUUUAUUUUAUAUAUUCAUUUAUGUUUUAAAUAUCAAAAGUACUCUUACUAUCUUAAGUUUAUAAUAAAAUCACAAAUAAGUGAAUGAUUGGUAA